UGAGGGGAUUAUUCCUCUUAUUUUCUCUUAUUCUCACACACUUUACACCCCAUCUCCUGCUCUCUCUCUCUCGCACACACACACAUCCCCAUCCUUUCUUCUAUUUUUUUACCCUAUUUUUUUUUACCCCCUCUUACCACGCCAUUUGAAAUGAGGAGGAGAGAAGGAAAGCAGAGGCAGCGGCAGCACCAGCAGCGAGGAGAGGAGAGGGGGGAGUGAUGAGUCAAUACAACUAAUAAUUUAAUGGGGACAGAGAGGGAGAGACGGAGUGAGAGGGGGAGAGACAGAGAGGGAGAUAGAGAGAAAGAGGAGCUCCGUCCGGACGCCAAUCCCCAGCCAACAGGACACCUCCUACUAUUACUAUCAAGGCAGCUCUCUUAUGCAUCCACAGCGAGCCUUAUUCAUCCUCGGCAUCGGAAAGUAAACCGCACUUUUUGACCCCCCUCUCCUUGUUUUAUUUUGCGAACCUGUUUCGACUGUCCGCAUAUCGUCUCCACAUCGCCUCCAUGGCAAGCUCACACAGUCGCUUCUUAGUAUUUUUGCUCUCUCUCAGUCUGCCGGCAGUCAAAUCUAGCUAAGCCGACGCUGAGCUAUUUUUUCCCGUAGUCCCUCCGUGAACACACACAGCGAGGGUUUGUUAGGUCUCGGCGGCGGUUGUUGUUGUUACAACUGUGUCCGAGGUGCUUGUGGUUCGUGCUGGCCGUACUGUGCGGCUGCCUGCUCGCCGUUUUGGAUGUUGUGCUGCGAACUAAAGCCGAAGUCGCCUUCACUUGUAAGCGUUGCUAAAUGUCGCCGGUUUUAACGCUUUCCGUUGCCGUCUUUUUUCCUCCACUUGGACGGAAUUGGCUGUAACGUCAGGGCUGCACACUCCUGUCUCUCUCCGCUCCUGCCGCACACGCACAACCGCUUACCAAUGUUCGCCUAUCACGGUCCAUCGCGACCUCGUCCUCCCUUGCACAGACCCGGGUUGUUGUUGUUUUUUCUCACCGCCUGCCAGUCCUCCGCCAAGAAGAGCAGGAGAAAGCAUCUUUUUAAACACUGAUUUUGGGAACCCCUCGCUGUCAUGCACACGUAGAGAGAUAACAAGAGAGGAACCGGGAGUUGUUUUUGGGGAGGGGGGGUUUCUUUCUUUUUCUUUUUUUUUCUUCUAUCUUUUCUACCCUGGCCAAACUUGAAGAAGAAGCGUUUUCCAGCCGGUGUUAUAUGCUCUCCAGUGCUGAAGUGCUGCGGUUCAGGUGAUAGUGAGCUGAGGUGCUGAGAAUGAUGGAACAUCUCAGCGAGACGUGUUUGGGCAAGGAGAACUCAGAGCUGGUCAACAGCAUGGCAGAGGCCAAGGCCCCGCCGGCCAAGCUGCCCCGGCUGGAGCAGAACGGCAGCCCCCUGGGCCGGGCCAGGCUGGGCAGCACCGGGACCAAACUCGGAGGCGUCCCGUACAAACCCACCAGCCACCUGCUGAAGACCUGCCAUAAGAAAGGCAACAUGCUGCCUGUGUUCUGUGUGGUCGAGCACUACGAGAAUCCCAUGGAUUUUGACAGCAAGGAGGAGCACGCUGAAUUUGUCCUGGUGCGCAAGGACAUGCUCUUCAACCAGCUCAUCGAGAUGGCCCUGCUGUCACUGGGCUACUCCCACAGCUCAGCAGCCCAGGCCAAAGGUAUGAUUCAGGUGGGGAAGUGGAACCCCGUCCCACUGUCAUAUGUGACAGACGCACCAGACGCCACAGUGGCAGACAUGCUGCAGGACGUCUACCACGUGGUCACACUUAAGAUCCAGCUGCACAGUUGUCCUAAGCUGGAGGACCUGCCGCCCGAGCAAUGGAGCCACUCUACAGUAAGAAACGCCCUCAAGGAGUUACUCAAAGACAUGAAUCAGAGCUCUCUGGCUAAAGAAUGUCCUUUAUCACAGAGUAUGAUUUCCUCCAUUGUGAACAGCACUUACUAUGCAAAUGUGUCGGCGGCGAAGUGUCAGGAAUUUGGGCGCUGGUAUAAACAUUUCAAGAAGACAAAAGAUAUGAUGGGCAUGCGUCAACCCUCCCAGCUGGAGGGGUACCUGGGGACGUGUGUCCUCCGUGAGAGUCCGCGUGCCAAUGCACUAGCGGAAAUGGACAGCCUGUCCGACCUCUCCCCACCUGGCUCUAACCACAACCACAACCACCUGAGUUUCUCCCAGCAGCAGCAGCCGAUCCCCGGCAGCACAGCAGAGCAGACUCCAUCGUCGCCGGUGCCGCCGCUGCCUCAUGCUCCGCCGCCGCACGGUGGUCAAACGGGAGGCCGACAGCCCCAGCUCCCCGGUCUGCAUCACCCAGGCUUGGUGUCCACACCCAUCAGUCCCCAGCUGGUCAACCAGCAGCUUGUGAUGGCACAGAUCCUCAACCAGCAGUAUGCAGUGAACCGGCUGCUGGCGCAGCAAUCCCUGUCACAGCAGUACCUCAACCACCCACCUGUCAACCGCAGCUCCCACACCAAGCCUCUGGAGCCACAGGUGGCAUCGAACACAGAGGUUUCCUCUGAGAUUUACCAGUGGGUGAGGGACGAGCUAAAACGGGCCGGCAUCUCACAGGCUGUCUUCGCCCGUGUGGCCUUCAACAGAACACAGGGCUUACUGUCUGAGAUCCUGCGUAAAGAGGAAGAUCCCAAGACGGCGUCCCAGUCGCUGCUGGUCAACCUGCGCGCUAUGCAGAACUUCCUGCAGCUGCCGGAGGCCGAACGUGACCGCAUCUAUCAGGAGGAGAGGGAGCGCAGCCUCACUGCGGCCUCCGCAAUGGGCUCCGCUCCGCUCAUCAGCACCCCAUCCAGCCGACCUGUACAGCCCCGAAGGGAAGACUGUAACAGCGUAAGGCCGGAGGAUUGGAAUCCCCGAAUCCCUGUGGGCAUUUCACCUGUUAAACCGUCACCGCUGCCCAGCGAGUGGAACGGCAAGGCAGACAGCUGCAUCCUCAACAUCAACUCCACCAUCUACGAUGAGAUCCAGCAGGAGAUGAAGAGGGCCAAAGUGUCCCAGGCCUUGUUCGCAAAGGUGGCGGCCUCCAAGAGCCAGGGUUGGCUCUGUGAGCUGCUGCGCUGGAAGGAGGAUCCGUCUCCAGAGAACCGAACACUCUGGGAGAACCUGUCCAUGAUCCGACGCUUCCUGAGCCUCUCUCAGGCCGAACGUGACGCCAUCUACGAGCAGGAGAGCAGCGCCGGCCAGCAGCACCACAACGAGCGGCCGUCGCACUUGAUGCACAUUUCCAGUGACCAGCUACAGGCUCAGCCGCCUCAGACACAGCAGCAGCACCAGCCCUCCUUGUCCCUCCACCCCUCCCAACAGCCCUUGCAGCAACAGCAGCCCACCACCGGUCCCCGGUUGCCACCUCGCCAACCCUCCACCGCCUCUCCGGCCGAAACGGAGGACGAAGGCAGCCGCGGAGGGAGCAUCAAAUCCCGCACGGGUGGAGGCAAGAUCUCCCUGGAAGCUCUGGGUAUCCUGCAGAGCUUCAUCCAGGACGUGGGCCUGUACCCCGACGAGGAGGCCAUCCACACCCUGUCAGCCCAGCUGGACCUGCCCAAGCUCACCAUCAUCAAGUUCUUCCAGAACCAGCGCUUUUAUGUCAAUCACCCAGCAAAGGCACCCAAGGAGCCCAUUAACAACAGCAACACCACCACCACCGCAGCCAUCACCAACAACACCACCAGCAGCAGUAGCAGCAGCAGCAGCCCGGCCUUUGAGGAAGAGCUGACGGACUUCAGGGAGAGCGGAGAGCUGCUGAAGGAGCUGGAUGAGAGCACGCAGACCAACAGCACCAUCUUCUCCAUCAAGAUCGAAGAGCAGCUGGGCCGAGGCGCCGAAGCCCAGUCCGAGUCGGAGCACGAGGCCAAGGAGUAGGACUCUCCCUCUGAAACAUGUACUUAGAGUUUUCCUGUGCACACAGACUGGUGACUGUGCUAAAUGUAACGCUCUGGCCGCCACAGAAACACCACACUGCAAACAAAGAAAAGUAGUGUUUUCAAUCAGUACAGCAUCUGGACUGUAUGAGGAGUGUUCAUAUCUAUAUAUAUAUAUACAUAUAGAUAUAUAUAUAUGUAUAUGUAUAUGAACUCACAGUGCGAAAUGAGUGUUCACACACUGGAAAGCCCAUUUCAGACUCAGUAAUACAAAAAGUACUACUUUUUCGAUUUUGUAAAACUUGUAUUAUUCACUGUAAAGACUGAUGCAUCAUUUAAAUAAUCUGCACAAAAAAAUUAUUAAGUAUGUUGCCGUGGAUAUUUGCUGACUGCACUCUAUGUCUGUUGUUUUACACUGACUUACUUUAUCUUUUUGAGCUACUGAUAAUAUUGAAAAAGGAAAAAAAAAGUUCCCCUGGAGUUUGCUAGGACUUCGAUAGGUGUUUACGUAUGUGAUGUUUAACUGGAUUUUUUUUUUUUUUUUAAGAAAAUAGCAAAUGAAAUCAAGGACCAUGUGGAUGACAAGGCCUUAAUUAUGAGGUAUCAAGUCUAGAGCCUGCUGGCAGAUUAGUUAUUCUUUUUAAAAAGCGCAUAAUGUGAUUAUGGAUCACUCCAAACUCUGGAACGCGAUCACCCAGCCCAGGUGCAUCUACGAGAAUAGCUCAGUCUCUUUACAUAUUAUUUGUUAGGGAAGAAAUAUAAAUAUAUAUAUAUAUAUAUAGACAUUAUAUUGUAACUGUAAAAAAAUACAGUCUUAAAAAACUAUGCCAACAAAUGCCUUGUACUAUACGGCACUGCCGAUGUUAGAUUAUUUUGCAAAACCUUGGUCACUGUAACUUUCUGAAUCGCCACACAGUUGGAAAUGUGAAUUUCACAAUGUUUAUGUUGUCUGACAUUAUUUAUUUGCAGUUCAUGCAGUGUUUCUGAUGUAAUUACUUUUUCUAAAAAAAAAAAACUAAAAAAACAGUUUAUGUUUCCUUGUGCGCGCUCUCUCUCUUUUUUUUAUUCCACCAAUCUUGUUUCUAUUUAUAAAUGUAAUUUCAGUGGGCAGUAAAAACAAGAAGUGUCUUAAACGUUUUAAAUGGAGAAAUGUGCUUUAAAGGUUGCCUAUAAAAAGUGCUGUAUGUCAAGCAACUCAUGCUACAAGCUUCACAAUUAAUGUUGUAUGCAAUUUUUACUAUCAUGCAAAUAAGCUUAGGUAAAAUGACUAACCUAUAGAACACCUUAGAAAGAAAAACAUAUGCAAUCUGUGUGAAAAUCGAUGUCUGCGAUGUGUCUUCCUUUGGUUAAGAAUCCAAUUCAAAAAGCUACUCCUGUAUAAAUAUUCUGUAAAAAAGUGUUUCUUUUUUAUGAGUUCAUUUCAAUGAGAACACCAGUUAUUUUGUUACGACUGACUGUUUUAUAAGUGUUUCUCGGUUCCUUUCGGCAGAAAUGUUCUAACUAGAAGUGGUUAUUGAUUGUUAAUUACACAAUUAAACUGUUUGUAUUGUACCACAGAUUUCUUGGCAUUAACUUGACCAGGCUCUUUUGACACCAGAGGCGUGUUUGUCUCCUCUGGAAACAGAAGAGGAAACAAUGUGAAAUGUGUUUUGUUUUUGUUUUUCUUGGUUUUCUUUUUGCUUUUUUCUUUCAAGUUCUGCUAAGAAAGAUCAACUCCAGUUACUGACUCAUUCCGCUGCGAUCACUGAACCCAUGUCACUUGUAAUAUCUGUAAAUAUCACAUCUUAUGAAUCAUUGAUUGUUUAAUAUUGUAAAUAUAUUUGAAGUUUGUGCAAAAGCUCACCGUACAAAGCUGAA